AUGGUUCGACUUGGUUUCAUAACAGCUGCCCUGGCAGCAACAGCCUUUGCAGUACCUUCUCCAGCUCUCAAACGGGCAACAUGCACUGCAGGAGAUACCUCUACCACCGACGGCGUCCAAGCAAUCCUAGAUUCUACCGGCGCAAUUGACUGGCUAGACCUCAUGUUGGGCUCUUUCACAGACGGCGAGAAUAACUGGGUUACUGCCCUCUGGCAAGAAUCCUUCCCCGGCCAGGGAGCAUCCCCGCUAACUGGCUGCGGUGAUAUCGGCGGUGACUGUGCCCCUGAUUCUCUAUGCUCCAAUUACCCCAGCGAAAUGGCGUAUUGGGUGUUUCGAUCUGUGGGCAACCUGCACAGUAAGAUCAACUCUGUGCGUCAGCAGUUGCUCUGGACGGGUUGGCUGAAUGGUCUGUCGAUUGAUCAGAUUCAUGAUGAUUUCACGGCUGUUAAUCCUGAGCCGUCGUGGUUACAAUGGGUGUCGGCUGCGUUUACCAUGGCUGGAGGUGUUGCAACUGGGAUUGACCUGAGCAAACCUCUCCGAGGGAUGAUUGGGUUUGCGUCGGGGGCUUUUAAUGAGAUAUACAACCAAGGUUCCUCGAAUGUUCAGGUGGAUGUAACGUCGGUAGAAAAUACGCUCAGGAACAUUGUGGGCGCUGCAGGAAACUAUGUUGCAACCGUCUUGACAAACGCGACAGGAAAUGGUGACCCUGAGACUCUCCCUAUUUACACCUACACCGCUCUUCAGCAUGCAACGGCUAGAUUCUUUGACGAUAAUACCAUUCUGCUUGACGAGAAAAAGGAUAAUUCAUCUUUUAUCUCGGCUUAUAGCCAUUUUGCUAACACCGUCGAAAAAAAGCUCGUCGACGUGUCCAUGAAAACGGCAUACCACAUCCUUUUCGCCGACCAGAAUCUUGCCCAAAGCGACUGCAAUAUGAAAGGUGCCUACUGGCUUCAAGCUAAACCCGGGGAAUAUUUCUGCUUCUACUUGAUAAGAGCAACAGCUGGUGCACAGUGUUCCAAUAAUGAUUCAACAUCCUGCAAAUUCUACGACAGCCCAUACGGCCCUCGUUGGGAUACCGGGGUUUACGACAAGUUAACGAAUACAUACGGCUUUGACUUGCAAGUUUACUACACUUCUUUGAUUGACUGCUACUUGAAUGGUAAGGAUCAAGUUGACUUGACGGCCACCACGAAUGACGGCCAGAUUCCUCGGUGCUUCUAUAGUCUAAAAUUGACCAAUUUGCAACGUAAUCUCCAUCUGCCUUAA